CCAGGUCUGCUCAGUCUCAACAUUGCAGUUCUAAUCAAGACGAACACUGACUCUGACUGAAGGCCAUGGAGAGAACAGCAGUCCUCUUUGUUCUCCUCAGCUUCUGCAUCACCUCCCUGGCUCUGGAGUGUAGAGUGGUUCCAGGCAGGCUGAAGCAGAUUGAUGUUUCGAACGGUCAAGUGUUUGGGGUCAACUCCAAUGAUCAGGUCUUCACCCUGUACAGCACCGGCUGGAUCCAGGUUCCUGGAUCUCUGAAGCACGUCAGUGUGGGACCUGCUGGCAUCUGGGGAGUCGAUUCCAACAAUUACAUCUACAAACUUGUGGGAGGAGAUUGGGUUAUUGUUCCAGGUCUGCUGAAACAGGUGGAUGCAGGAGGAAUGUUCUCUCCAGCAGGUGUCAGCAUGAAUGAUGAUAUCUACUGCCUUACUGGGGGGCAAGGUUCUUCCUGGACAAAUAUCCCAGGAAAGCUGAAGUACUACAGCUGUGGGCCGUACAGCUGCUGGGGAGUCAACUCUGCAGACAACAUCUUCAUUAUGAAGGGUGUGACUCCAACUACUUGUGCUGGCUCCUUAAGCUGGCAGCAGAUACCUGGAGGUCUUUCCGUGAUUGAGGUUUCCACUGAUGGAAAAGUCUAUGGGGUCAGUUCUAUUGGAGAGGUCUUUCAGAGGGAAGGUGUUUCACCAAGUAACCCUGCUGGCACUGGGUGGCGCCAAGUGCAGUCCCCUCCGAAUAUCAAGCAUGUUUCCUAUGAUCUCGGCCAUCUGUGGCUCAUCGGCAGAGAUGACAGCAUCAUGGACUGCACCGAAUAAAAGGAGCGAGACCUCUAGAGCCCUACGGUCAAGUUCAGAUCAGACGUCCCAUCCCUUCUUAGAGUCUCUGGGGAUGAACAGCAGCACAAAAGAAAAAAUAAAGUUAUGAUCUAUAAUCAACUCUUUCCUGAUUAAAUUUCCACCUUUUCUAUUGCAUUUAACCAAAUCUUUCAUAUGUUGCUAGGCUGAAAAAGAAGGUAAUAUUAUGGCCAAUGCAAUAAAUCUUUACUUUGAUUAAGCAAA